AAAACAAAUCAACAUAUUGUUAUGCCAAAGCAAUUCUGUUCACACUUCUUUAUUUCAGUAGAAUAUAUAUAUACUUACAAGACACCAUAGAACAAUUUAUUCCUAGAUUGACACAGUCGGUUCAAAUGUUAUGAAAUCUUAUUGAUCUUAAUAAUGUAAAUAACGGAGAUACUAAUUGUUUGAAUAGUGCAAAAUCAUCAUGAAAGAACGAAAUUAGGGAAGUAAAUGUCGAAAGGAGGAAACUUGCUUAUCCGAACGUAGGUCAUGGCACAUACAAGACACCGUAGAACAAGUUAUUCCUAGACUGGCAGAGUAGGUUCAAUGUUAUGAAAUCGUAUUGAUCCUAAUAACAUUUUGUGUAAACCGAUAUCUGUGAUUUUAAAUUUUAAGUAUGUUAUUUUUUAUUUAGAUAGUGUAUACGAACGUUUUAUGCAUUAUUGACCAUUUAAAGCAUAUCAAUAAAUAAAUACAGACAUUCUUUCGGUGAGAUAGGAUUGUGUACCGUCUUUACAUUGAUUACCGAUAAAGUUUAGUUGGAUAGCUAUACCCUUCCGUAAUUGAAUUACUAUUGAGUUAUGCAUGCUUCUUGGAAAAAACAAAUCGAGUCGAACAUCCGUCACACUAUCCAUCAAACUACUUCUGUAUCAAACUUUCAAGGAUUGCGGAAGUAGAUAUACAGGAAAACAUGUGACAUGCGUAAUAAAGACAAACCUUACUCAAGACACUGUACCACAAGUGUAAAAAGGUCUGAUCAAUUUACGAUUCAUUAAGUGUUCCCGGCCCAAAAAUGUUUUGGACAUUUCAAUUGUGUGUACAGGUCUUUCUUCUGACAGCAAUAAUAUUAGGAAGAAUGACAUUAGCCGAGACUGAUCCAAAUGAGACAGAAAUGUUGAUGACUGAGGAAGACACUCCUUUCCUUCUGAUACAACUUGCAGAUGGAAUUUUUACAUACUUGGAGGAUUCUGUAUCAGUUUUAUCCAGUAAUAUUAUGACUGUGAUAAUUCAUAUUGACGCGUUUCUACAAUUUAUUAUCAAUUCAGUCUCAACAAUUAUUGAUAUAUUAAUAAGACAGCCAGCAAAUGUUUUCAAUUACAUUUUGUAUGCACUAACUUACAUUAUAAAUUUUUUGGUGUAUAUUUUUCUUGAUACAGUUUUACAUACCAUUAUUAAAGGGGCAGUCUUGUUUUUGAUAUGGUUGUUUACCAGUUUGCUAACUUUGAUAGUUAAUGUAGUAACUAUUAGUCUGCUUGGCAUUAUACACAUUUUGAAAACAAUCAUUUUAGGAUAUCUAAAUGUUUUUACUUUAAUUUUUGCCUAUAUUAUAAUACCAUUGUUUGAGUCUGUGUUUUGGGCACUGUCAUUUUCAGCCAUAAGCAUAAUUAUUCUAUGGGCUAUCUUUGAAAUAUGGCAGAGAGUUAUUGUAUCUAGAGAUACUGAAAAUUCUGAAGGUUUAUGGUUUGUUGCACUCUGUAUUCCAUUAGGCUAUGUACUGUAUAAUAUUUGGAUGCUACUUUGUUGGGUAAUUUUAAAAUUUGUAUGUUAUCCAGUGAUUAUAUCUGCAUAUAGUUUUUGCAUAGGAAUCCUAACAUAUCUAAUUAUUAUAUUCGUAUUUGAGAGUUGUAAACAUUUUGCACAGAACUUUGAUCCAGAACCAGUUAUAACACAAGCAGGAUAUAUACAAACUAUUUUGAAAAGAGCUAUUUUAAAGAAAUUAGGACACAGAGUGGAACCUUUCGAAGACGAAUCGGAUAAAUUACACGUGCUAGAGGAUGUUAACUACUGUGAUAGAGAGUGUAUAAUUUGUUUCGAAGAGAGACUACUUGUGAAGCUGUUUCCUUGUGAGCACACAAUUAUGUGCUCUAAAUGUACAGUUCGUGUUCUACAAAAUGAUGAUAGAUGCCCAGUAUGCAGGGCAACCAUAUCUAACAGGUGAAAUGUAAAAAUGCAUUAGAAUUUAAAUUUAUUGUUAAAGCAGAGUAUGGUGAACUCUAAUUUUGGUCUAGAAUUAUAAUAAUUGAUUAUUAAGAUUGUUGGAAAGUUUUUAAUAUUUAACAGGAUUGGAACUUUGUUAGUAUGACUACGACAACCGACAACGGUAAUGUUCUGUGUAAAAUCCAUAAUCAAAUGUUAUUGUUCAAGCCUGUGCUAUGUACAUUGCCAUUUUAGUAAUAAGCAUAACAUUUAUGAGCAAUAUUUGAAAUAUGACAGAGAGGUUAUAUAUGUCCUAAGAUACUGAAAAUUUUAUCUCUAUAUUAAAUCAUAUCAUUUCAAGGUUCAUAUAAAGUGUUUUAAACUGCACCUCAGAUGAAAUUUGUUUUAUGUUUUCUUUGUUUUUCAUAAAAUGUAUACAUACCAAACUGUUCAGAAUAAGUAGAAGUGUCCUUCAAGACAAGUUAUUAUGUUUAGAAUAAUAUUUUUUCUCUUAUAUCACAUGUACUUUGCUCGUGCACAUUCUGUAUUGUAGAAAAUAUUAAACUUCCUUUUUUAAAAAUAUUGUGAAAUUAUGUCUAUACUUAUUAUGUGCCUAACAUAUUUCUCCAGGUGCUCCCAUUGUUGAAAAAUUACUAAUGCCAUAUAUUUCAUAACUAGGAGUACGUAAAUAAAUAUGUUACAUAACAUACACAACCAAAACAAAGUUAAAGAAAAAAUACUUUUGAAUACGGAGUUUGAUAUUUUCUCCGAAACACGUAUUCCCGAAGAAGCUUAUAAUUUUUAACUACCUUUGAAUAAAUUAUUUCCUACUUCCUCAGAACAAUACAGUAUAUUUAUUAUAAAAGGUAAUGUUCUAUGAGGUAUAAAUUUCCAAAAUUAAAAUUCACCAAAGACUUUCGAUGAACCUUAACAGAUCAUUAAUUGAGCCGCACCAUGAGAAAACCAACAUAGUGGCUAUGCAACAAGCAUGGAUCCAGACCACGCAUCCGCGCAGUCUGGUCAGGAUCCAUGCUGUUCCCUAAUGGUUCAUCUAAUUGCAACAGGCUUUGAAAGCGAGCAGUAUGGAUCCUGACCAGACUGUGCGGAUGCGCAGGCUGGUCUGGAUCCAUGCUGGUUGCAAAGCCACUAUUUUGGUUUUCUCAUGGCGCGGCUCAAUCAAUAACCAGACGUUGUUGGGCAUUUGUUGUUUCCUUUUAGAAGCUUCUCGGACAAGCGGAUAAUCAGCAUAAUUCAACAACGAAUAUGUCAUGCCGUUUUCACAUAUUUCUUGCUACUUUUGUAUUUAUAUCAACUAAAUGAAUAAAUCAAUAUGCUAUA